AUGGAUUCACUGCUCUUAGCUGCACUGCUGCUACUGCUUACCAAACCUUCAGAAUGUCGUCAGAUUCCCAUCCAGACAGAUAAGUUUUCCACAGUGACCCUGUCCACUUCUGCUCCUCUGGAUCAGUGCAGUGUAUGUGAACUCGAAGAAAAGUCUGUUGCAGAUACAGCUUGCGUUUCCUCCGUGGAAGUUAAGCCCAACAAAAAUGUCAAUGUCAACUUUACAUGCUUGGAACCUGAAAAGAGCUUCUCUGUCCUGAUUCAAAGCACGAUUGCGUGCACAAAAACUGAUUGCACCCCAGCACAGGGAAAUGUACCUGCUUCACUCCUGCCAGGAUUCAAUAGAAAGUUUGAAUGGCAGUUGAAGGCGACUGCAGAAGCCGUUUUCAUUGUGAAAUUUCCAAAUGAUGGUUUGCAGGAGCUGGCUAAAGUAGAGGACUGCACCAAUGGUUACAUUUACUCUGUGAACACGCCGUCAUCUGAUGGCGGUACACAGACUCAGUCGUACUGCACAAAUGGCUCAGUGACGCAUUUAGAACUUCCUAACCAGGCCACAGUGUCUGUACAAGUCAACCAGCAACAAGACCAGGACCUCAACCUCUUCACCGUGACGCCAGAAUCAUUGCAGAAGAGGGCCGUGAUGAAGAUAUAAUCAGUGAUGGUGAUUCCUGACCGUGAUACCACAGUGAUCAUAAGCAGAAAAGAUGGGGGUCCUGACUGUAGUGUCUGCAUGGAUGGGACCUGUAGUUCUAAACUGACACUGCCUCAAAAUCAGAACCGCAAUGUGACUUUCAGCUGUGUCAAGCCUCAGGACAUCUUCACUGUUGAGAUCAUUAGGAGCCUUGACUGUUCGAAGGCAUGCAGCUAUGAUAUGAUAAAUCCACAGGAGUCCUACUUUCCCGAUUUCAACAGACUCUUUUCAUGGGACAUGAAAGUCUCAGCUGAUAAGGCAUUCCAGCUCGAAUUUCCAGCACCAGGAAUAAGACAGAUCCAGUCUUCAGAAAGCUGUCCUGACAAAAACACCUACACGAUCUUAAUGUACCCACGAACGGGAACUGUCAACCUUGGCAUGUUCUGUCAGGACGGCCCCAUCACUCGCGUCCAGGUCCUCUGGAGAGGUCGCAUGACUCUGGAGGUUCCCAAAGACGCAUCUUUAAGUGAAUCUUCUUUUAAAUUCUCAGCGGCUAGUGGUUCUGAACUAGCUGUAGUGGAUGCUGUGCUGCCCCGUGGCCAGUCAGACACAGACUUCUUCAGUGCCCAGUCCAUCCCCAGCAAUGACAUAAUGAAAUGGAACUUUUUCAUACCACCCAAGCAUAACUUUACAGUUAAAUUCUUGGAUAACACCAAACCAAAAUGCCAAAGUAAAGUGGUGAAGGUGAUAUAUGAUCAGGCCAACAAGGAUCCAGUUGAGAAGACACUGACUGAUACCCAGCCGAUUAAUUACGAUGGAAAUUUCAGCCUGACUCUGGCUAACUGUGAUGCUGUUAGGCAGGCUGGUGUUCCUGGCCUCUCACUCAAUUUUAGGGUCUCUGUGUUCAGAGGAGGCUAUCCAGAGGUUUGCCAACUGGACCUCCAGAGUAAUCAAGGCUUAAGUCUACAAAUAGACAAAAAGCAUCCUGACUCUUUAUGUGAGUUGAGCUUGGACUCUGUAGUACAGGACAAUAUUACAGUGCCAUCAGGCUCCAAAGCCAAACUCUCCUUCCUCGACUGCUCUGAGAGUGAGCUUCUUCUUACAGCCACAAAGACCAUUGAGUGCCAAAGUCUGUCUUCAUGUCCAGUGGAUAGGAUUCCUCUUACCAUCCCUUCUUUCGACUCCUGCACCCUUCUACGUUCUCCUCCUCACCAAGUCAGCUGGGUCAUGAGGGUUCCUGAGCAGGGCACUGUGGAGCUGAGGUCACCACAGGGCAACUUGCAUCAGUCUGUGCCAGGCAAGGACAGUGACUGCCCCAUGUCUUUUAUGGUCUCUGAGGCAGAUGGCUCCCAUAUUGGCAGGUUUUGCUCGUAUAGCAGUCAAGGCACCAUAGACAGAGUUCAGAUCUCUUCCAACGUUACAAUCACUGCCCUGACGAGUGGGACUCAAAAACGUAACCUUGUGAAAGACUACUUGAAUGUCGUCUUCGGUUCAGAGAUCAAAGAGAAAUUAAUUUACUCAGUCUCUCCAACUGUUUCAACACCUGUAUACCUCAUAACACCCAACUGGCCUGGAGCAAUGAAGUCGACCUCUACCAUGUCAUGGAUCGUAAAUGUUCCAGAGCAGUACAGUGCUGACUUGGCCUUUGUAAAUGUCAGCUGGCCUGAGUGUUCUGGGAGUGACUCAAAGAUUGAAAUUCAGGAGCUGGGCUCAGAACAGGGCCAGAGCUACAGGAAGGACAAUCCACUGAAAACCAUCAAUGUUCAAAACAGUUUCUAUCUUAACAUGUCCAGCUGUGAACCUCAACGGGACCAUUUUGCUGUUCUCAGUAAGAUCUCCUUGCAGAAGAACUCCAAGAAACUGCUUGGCAUCAUUCUGGGGGUGGUUGGAGCACUGCUGGCGAUCAUGAUCAUCAUUCUGACUGUGGUGUGUUUGGUAGUAAGAAAGCGAAAGGCAAAAGAUUCAUCCAUGUACAUUCCCAAAGGUGCUGCUUCUCUUCCUGGUGAUUUCACCUUCCCAAAAACACGAGCGGAAAAUGAGUCCCGAGUGUAUGAAACUAUAGAUGAUACCAUGGCGUACGGCCAUCUUUUGGAACAGGAUGGGUACACCGAGCGAGGUCCUAGCCGUUACAAUGGCCAACAGGUGGACACGUACCAGUCAUUUACCAGCCCCAUGGAUAAAAACGACGAGCCGGAUGUAGGGAGAGGUGCUUUACUGCCCCCCUCUGAAACCUUUAUUCCAUCCAGACCUCGUACUCCACUGGGUCCCAUGGUAAGCAGUGGCUUUGAGGACCGAAGGUUAAAGGAUAACGAACUGGGUACGUUCAAAAGCACUGGCGAGAUUAACACAAUCCGCCUCUCUGGUGUAGAGCCUUGGCCCCAGCCGCCUGAAUCAGUCUACGAUCAAGCCGUUUAGUGCUGGAGAAAAAAGGAUCGUGUGACUAAUGGGCUAAAAAUACUGAUCCACUAUCAGCUGUAACAUUUACACACUGAUGGGAAGCUGAAACAGGAUCACCUUGCUGCUCAUGAGGACUGGAACGUAAAGCAGCAUUUUUAAUUCCUGCAUAAACUUAAACCAGGAUAUUGGUCAAAUAAUGAAUACAAACACACAUGCAGUGUUUGUUCUGCCUAAAAACUAAGCAGAUCUUUCUACUCCAGGAAAAUCUCGUGUUUUUAUUAGUCUCUGUGUAGUUUUAUUAAAUGGAUGUGUUGAUUUUUUAUGUGUACAGUCACGUGGGUUUAGUUUGCAAAAGCAACAUAUUUGCGGUGCCGUGCUGGUGGGGAAACUUGUUUUUUUUGCUGAUUGGAUUUUAUUUGACAUGAUUGUAAA